AUGGAUUGACAUAAGAGGGAUUUACAUUUUAACGGGUGUCGCGUUCCGUAAAAACUACACGGUGCACGCUGAAAACCAAUAAUUCUGCUCGAUGUCUGUUCCUGUUAUCGGUGCUCGUACCAUGUCCAUGCGUCAUCGUCGCGAGAGGAUUGAACUUACCAGCAGUCUAUAUUUGCCGAAGAGGGAAACCAAUACAAGGUCUCGCUGUCUCGCUGGAGCGGAGUAUUAUUAGCAGUUCAGACAGUGCAACUGUCUCUGUGGUCAUGCUCUGCAAUUACACAGUAACAACAGAAUGAGCAUUUAAAAUUCAAGGAUAAAAGAGAAAAUUAGACUUUAAGAGGGGAGAAACUUCUUCCUUUUUUUUCUUAGUCAUCUUUUUCUGAGUAUCAGAUAACUAAUCACCUGGCUCCCAUGCUGGCUGCCAGAGGUCCUCUCCUCCACACCCUCAGCCAUGCCUGCUACUACCAAACCCACCAGGAGAAAGACACCUGCUCAGCGGAAAAACAUCCAGAAAGUCACCAGCACCAAGGGGCAGAUCUGUAACACAUAUAAAUCCAGAGGAAGAGCCACAGAAAGACCCCAGAAAAGACCCACAGAAUCCACACGGUCAUCAACCAGGGCUCAGACAAAGUCAGGCCGAAGUCCCAGUGGAAGAGGAGCUAAUGUUUCGGCUGGUCAGGAUCCCUGGAGGUCUCCAAGCAGAGUUAGCCAUGCCCUUAAUGUAACAGAAUCUGCACGGCUUAGACGGUCAAGGAGUCUGCCUGAAAACUAUGGCAAGUUACAAGAAACCCUAGGGCAGAGGAAGCCGCAGCGGGGCACACAAGUGUCUGUUACUCCACGCCAGUCUUCUAAACCAUGCAGAGGAGGGAAAAACAGCAGGGGGAGCACUGGGAGAAGAGCAGCAUCCCAGCAGCGAAACGCAAAAAACCAGCCUUCAAGCAUCAGUCUCAACGACUCAAUCCUCAACGAGGAAAAUAAGAAAACUAACAAUUGUGACAACAAAGAAACCCCUACAGUUGAUCAUAAAACUGAUGAUGAAGUUUCUGAGAGUCUUAAAGAUCAGGAUGUUGAAUCCAACAACGCUAAAUCAGAAGAGGGCAGCCCUCUUAAUUCCAAUUCAACAGCUCUUAAUGACUCACUGGCAGACAAUGUGGAGCAAAGCUGUGACAGUCUGAUAACCCAAGACAAAAAGACUGUCAGCCAUAACAGUGAAGGUGACUUGGAGCAUAUCAUUGGCGCCCCAGCAUGUGAUGGCAUUGAUGGACAGCCAAGACUCUGCAGCGACAGCAGCAAAGAUCCCUCUUCUGACACCUCAGAGUUAAUGAGCAGUGGCUCAUCAGGGGUGCAGGGCAGCCAGGAGAGAAAUGACACUUCGUCUAUCCCUGGAAAUGAGCUUGAUCAUUUUGCUAGGGAUGGUAAGCAAGAUGAUGUGUGUGCUGCCGAGCAAGAGGAAGGUAACAUGUUGGACAUGAAAGAGCAUAGGACAGAUGAAAGAGUGUCAGCUGUCUCUGAGAGAAAAGAGGAGAUAAAUCAUGAGAGAAGACAGAGUUUGGAAGCAGAGAGAGUGGUUGAGAGACAAAACGAGACCAUAGAAGAAAUGGAUGAGAUUGUUGAGAUGCUGGGUAACUGUGAGAGUGAAGACAAAGGAAACAAAGAAAAGCAGAAUGGUGUUUCCAUCAGUCCUGCUGACUCUCAGACCAUCACUCCAGCCUAUCAAACACCAAACCCACCUCAUUCUAACAAGGGACCAAUGGCACCUUCAAAGUCACCUGCACCUGCUUUAGUGGUCUCCCACAUAGCUACCUCAAAUCCCACCAAAGCCCUCUCCACCUUAGAUUCAUGUUCACUAGAGGUUGUGAGCCAGGGUAAGACAAAUACUCAACCUACCAUUCAUGGUGCUAAACCUCAAUCCCCAGGGUGCUCAACUGUCUCCGACACUGCCCCAAAGGUGCAUACUGUCAUAGUGAAAAGAAACAUGCCAGUAAUAAUCCGCAGGGACUCCCUCAAACCUUGGAGUUUUGAGGAGUCCAGCCAUGGAGAACCACAACAACUGCAAAGCUUAGUGGUCCCAUUUGCUGAGGGAGAAAGACAAGCUUGCACAACAGCAGAGACCAAAGAUAGGGAAUUAAAUCAAAAGACAUGUGGACGCAACACCCAGAAAGACACGUCUUUGCUCUCCUUGUCACUAGUUACUCAGUCAAGCACAGCUGUCCCUGCUGCUGAGCCUGAGCCAAACAUUAGUGAUGACAGCAUCGAGGUAGUAAUGCCAGAGCAGGACUUAGUGCCAAAGAUCUUCCCUACUUCCUUGGACAGUAGCUCCACCUUCUCCUGCAGCUCAGAAAGCACUCGCUCCUCUUUUGACACUGAGUCUGAGGCAGGGUAUGGAGAGCACAGCCUCUCCAAUCUGGCUGGAUCCUGGGGGCCAGAGGGGGCCAGCUCGCUCUCCUCAACGACACCAAAACCACAGAGGAAGGAGAGGAAGAAGCGGAGCAGGUGUGGGAUGUGUGAGCCGUGCCUCAGGAAGAUUAACUGUGGCCAGUGCAGCUGCUGCCUGAACCGCAGGACUGGCCACCAGAUCUGUAAGCUGAGGAAGUGUGUGGAACUGAAGAGGAGAAGACCAUCAUCUCCUCUCAGUCAUUCUUCUGCACAGGUGGCUCCAGAUAGUGGGUCGGUAAAUGGCAAAGGCAAAGCACAGAUGGAUGACACCCACAUGGCAGGAGAGGAGAAUGAGGGGGAGGAAGGCCACAUACCUCAUACACAGUCUCCCCCCAUCACCCAGUCGCUUACCCACAGCCUGGCUUCAGACGGAGAUGGACGGCUGGCACUUAUUAAAAGAGAGCCUGGGCUGGAGCUGACUAGCAAUGCACUUCACCAACACGUAUGCUCUUCUGAGACUUUUCACAAUGGUUCUGCUGAGAACUUGACAAAACCUAAUGGUGCUAUCAUGACCAGUGGGUCACACUCUGAUCUGAAAUCUGCAUGUAAAAGGACAACAGUGGUAACAGAGUCUCAAAGGCCUGUAACCACUGCAAACCCUAAAGACUACUCAGAGAACGGACCCACAACUCCUCCAGAUAAUAUGUCAGUUCCACUGAAAAAGAUAAAACUGGAGGAGCCAUGGGUGUGGAUCACUGAGCAGACCACCACACAGAUAACUGAUGAAGAUGAUGUAUGUGAAGACCCGCUGUCUACGCUGGCUGCCGUCGUCUGUCUGUCUGUCACAGAGAGGAAAGGACUAGAGGAGGAACUUUUUAGUUCACGUUCAUCCAUUCUUCGCUCUAUCAAAAAAGAGCCACCAGAGUUGCACUUACUCAAAAAAGAGAAAACCAACUUAAUGAUUGACUUAUGUCAGAAAAGCACUCCUAUUAACUUGCAAAAAACUCCUCAACCCAUCAAGCAAGAACCUCCUUCAAGUGCCCUGUUACCAAGCGUGCAGUCUUUGGCAGAGCAGAGAAAUCUUAGUUUUGAUCAGGCAAUUGCUAUUGAGGUGUUGACUCAGCUGGCAGCUAUACCUCAAAGCCCUCCCCAAGGUUCUAUUAAAGCUGAAAGUAAGAGUGAACAUCCCAUUUCUACUGCUUCCCUGGGAUCAACCUCCAGUACAAAUACAGCUCUGCAAGAUGCCAAACCAAUAGCAGCUAUUCGCUACAACAAAGUCUCAGUUAUCAGUUCACCGCUACACCAGACAUCAGUUAUACGCCCUCCUGUGGCUAGACAAGCAAAUGUCAUCAAAUACUCUCGGGAGUUGAGUUCUGACCAAAGGCUGUCCCUGCCCGCUCUCAUAGAGGCAAAUUCAGACAGCAAUAAAACACCCUGCAGGUGGACAGAGCAGGGCCACAGUCCUCAUGUCAUCCAGUCAGAAUACAGCUAUAAAGACUCCAGUCACAUCAAGCCCUGUCAGCAUCAUGAGACAUGGAAAGACAGAGACAGUGUUGUUAGUAAAGUGACCAGGAACAGAGACGAGGAAGAAGUGGCUGCACAGCUUGCAGACCUGGCCUUCAUCAUCCAGUCACGGCACAACCAGCAAUCAGAGAACAACCCUCCAAAGGGAACACCUGUGCCAGCCAUUAAAUACAACUACAAGUCCCAGCAAUCCCCCAGCCAGAAAAAGCCCCCCAUUAAAAAAACUAAAUCUACACCCUCCAAGCCCAGGAAGAAGAAAAGCGAUGGAUUACAUGAGGGAAUCAACCGCCGGACACCACUCUCAAAAUGCAUGCCAAAUGGAGAGAUGCCUCACAGGAGCAGAGGCCAGAAGAGCCUCCCGCAUGGCAAAUCAGGCCUUCACCACAAAAAUAACUUAUUUCUGCCUCUGGCGCAAAUUGAUAUGAAAAGAUAUUUGGCUGAGGCUCAGGAGAAAAGGAGACAACUCAUCCAUCACAGUAACACACUCAAUGCAAGCCUCUUAGGGCAGAACUUCAGCACUCUUACAAGGACCAACCAUAGUCAUGGUCAGGAAAACCAGCCGUGGUCUCUUUCUAAUGGUCCACUUCAACAACACAAUCCAUGCAAUGGUUAUGCUGCAGGACCAGAGGAGAGUUGUUUGUUAUCUCAGGUAGCGCAGCCCUGUGGCGGGCUGCAGUAUGGUGCUGAUCCUAACACCAGCCCAGCAAAAACUGCUUUAUUCAGCCACGCCACUGGGAACAUUAGUCUGGCUAAUGGCUUCUCAGGGGGUCCUCAGUCCCCUCCUCUAAACCAACAGGGCUACUACAAGCUGGAGAGGUCAGGACCUGUCACUGUCCUGUCCACAUCUACUGAUGGAGUACAGGGUCACUCUGCAGAGUCAACUCCAACCAAGAACAACAUCAACAGCUUUCUGGACUCUCCUAUGAGUUUUCUGGAUACCCCAACCAGGAACCUGCUCAAUGCACCUUCCAAAAAAUUGACGGAUCUUCCAUCCUGUCAGUGUAUGGACCAAAUCAUUGAAAAGGAAGAAGGCCCUUAUUAUACUCAUCUUGGGGCAGGACCCAGUGUUGCUGCAGUGAGGGAACUGAUGGAGAACAGGUAUGGUGCCAAAGGAAAUGCAGUGAGGGUGGAAGUUGUUGUUUACACUGGGAAAGAAGGCAAGAGCUCCCAAGGGUGUCCAAUAGCUAAAUGGGUGAUCCGGCGUGGCGGUGAGGAGGAGAAGCUGCUGUGUUUGGUCCGUCAGAGACCAGGACAUCGCUGUAACGCAGCUGUGUUGGUGAUCCUCAUCUUAGCGUGGGAGGGAAUCCCUCGGCAGGUAGCAGAUCAUCUCUACCAGGAGCUUACGGGCACUCUCUUUAAAUAUGGCUCCCCCACCAGCCGCCGCUGUGCUCUUAAUGAAGAUCGCACGUGUGCAUGCCAAGGUUUGGACCCGGACACGUGUGGAGCUUCAUUUUCCUUCGGCUGCUCGUGGAGUAUGUACUUCAAUGGCUGUAAGUUUGCCCGCAGCAAAGUGCCCCGCAAGUUUCGCCUUCUUGGAGACGACCGGGAAGAGGAGGAGAAGAUAGAGAACAACCUUCAGAGUCUUGCCAAUGACCUUGCACCGCUCUACAGAAAACUGGCUCCUGAUGCUUUUCAGAACCAGGUCGAGCAUGAGGCGGCAGGGGGGGACUGCCGGCUGGGCAGGAAGGAGGGGCGUCCUUUCUCUGGGGUCACAGCCUGUGUAGAUUUCUGCGCCCAUGCUCACAAAGACACCAGCAACAUGAACAAUGGCAGCACUGUGGUUUGCACUUUAACAAAGGAGGAUAACCGUGCAGUACGUAACAUACCAGAGGAUGAACAGCUACACGUGCUGCCACUUUACAAGAUCUCAGACACAGAUGAGUUUGGUCAGGUGGAGGGCCAGUGGGGCAAAAUCCAAAGUGGUGCUCUACAAGUUCUGUCCUCAUUUCCUCGAGAGGUGCGUUUACUAGCUGAACCAGUGAAAUCAGCUCGUAAAAUUAGGCAAGAAGCUCGUCUGAAGGCUCAAGCAGAGAGGAUGGAGAAGAAGCUCGGGUUGACUUCUCUCACACCUGGGAAAGUCAAAACUGAGACCCCCAACAAAGAGCCACAAGGCUACUACAGCUCUUACAGACUACCACCAAGACCUGCCAGUGAUGAAAAGUUCCAAACAGAGAGAACUCAACCAAGCGCUUACAGCCAGAGCACCAGCGGCUACUCCACUCCAGGGGCAGAGGUCAACUAUCACGGCCUGCCUGACCUCCGAUUUGGACAGAUUGGCUCAGAUAUCAACUACAAGACAGUGAGUGACACCAUGAAUGGUUAUUCUCCAACAUCUGGUGAGCAGUGUGCUUUAUUAGAACGUAUACCUCCACACAACACGUACAGUGACUAUGCUUUUAAAACUGAGCCCACUGAGGUGCACUGCUCUCCUCUGCAAAGACUCCCCCCUACUGGGAGUGUUCCUCCUCCCUCCUCUUUCUCCCCCAGACCUACCUCUGAGGGCCUCUUCAGCAGGCUCAAUGGACUCCAUCAGGCUGCAGGAGGCAUCACAGCAGAUAUCAGAGGUCACGGCCUCAUAUCAGGCUCAUCUCUCCCCCAGCAAACUCCCCCACUCCUACCAGAGGAAGUGAAGCAGGAAGAGGUGUGGUCAGACAGCGAACACAACUUCCUGGACCAGGACAUAGGUGGGGUUGCCGUGGCACCGUCUCAUGGCUCCAUCCUAAUUGAGUGUGCACGGCGGGAACUCCAUGCCACCACGCCUAUCCUCAGGCCAAACCGUAGCCACCCCACCCGUAUCUCCUUGGUCUUUUACCAGCACAAAUCCCUCAAUGAGCCAGGCCAUGGGAUGGCUAUGUGGGAUGCCAAAAUGGCAAAGCGAGAACGGGAUCGGGAGGAGGAGGCUGAGAGGUCGAGGAUGGGGGCCAGCCUGAGCAAAGGUGAAGGGAAGAACAGUAAAUGUUCUGGAGGGUUGGAGGGAGAGGAGGACACGGGUGAUGAGACAGAGGAGAUAAAGAGGGUUGUGAAUGUCCCAACACGUCAAGCUUGGACUCUUCCGAGGGAUGGCGUCAUCACCGUGUCCCCUUAUGCUCUUACCCAAGUGACAGGCCCUUACAAUCGAUGGACUUAGUGUUUUAAACAAAGAAAACACCUACACCAUCUGCUUCUGCCUUACCUCAUUCAACUUCAAACAGAUACUCUCAUUUUUAUGUUGUUUUCAUUGUGCUUUUCUAAUAUCUGUUCACUUUGACCUUCUUUGUCUCUGCCUUCAGAGUGAUGAGGAGGACCAAAGUCAGUUGGCUUUUUAACUGUGAGUUUCGAUGUUGGUUUUUAUUGUAAAGAGAUGGUGCUUUGAAGCAUUAAAGAUGUUUUUAAACUGGUUUUAUAUACAUGAUUAAGAACAAAAAAAAAGAUGUGAUUAUUUAUUCUGAUCAUAACAAUUUCUAUUUAAUUUCUGGUGUAAGCCUGUUUACUGCAAGAUUUUUAAGAUAACCUGCAUUAUGUUGUACAGUAAGAGUGAGCUUUUCCUUCAGCCAAUAAUGCUAUUCUUGUAAGAAGAGUCACUGGCUUUUACAUUGGUGUCAUUCUUACUGUAAUCUUUGUUGAGCAAACUCAUUGCAUCAGAUAAUGUAGACUAAAAUUCUGCAUAUAUUACUACAGAUUAUCACAUGUAGCAUUGUGCUUUUGCUGCCUCUGACUUCUGUUGGUGGUUGAUGAAAGAAAUGUACUUCUUUGGCUUGUUGUUCUGUUUAUUUUUUCUACACCUUGAUGGUUUGCCGUUUUCUCACAGAUUUAUAUAUGGCAUAUUAAGAAGCACUUUUUUUUUCCUAAACUUAACUUGAAAAGCAGUCCAUAGAC